AAUAAUCCUGAAAAAUGGAGGAGAAUAUAUAUCAAGUUUAUGAAGAUGAAAUUCGAUCAUUGGAAGAAGAAAUUCAAAUGUUGACUGAAAAGUAUGAAGACAUACAACAAGAAUCCACAUUUUAUUCUGAUGAGGAGAUAGUUACGUCAAUCAAGUCAUUCCAAAGAGAAUUUCAGGGAGAGCUGAAGGAACAUGAAUCUCCAUCAGACCUGAAAGCUCAACUUGAAAGUCUAGAAACAGACCUCUCAUUUUUAAUGAAGUUUACUGGUAUUUGGUUUACAAGGCAUUCCAAGAAAACUGUGGAAAAAACUGGAAGCAGAACAAUACAGAAGCACAGGUUAGCAGGAAAUUGCCACUCCCUGCCUUUUCAAUUGGAAUUUCAGCUUCUUGAAAUAAAGAACAAAGAGAGUGUGUCCGCUGUUAUUACUGAUCUCAACAUUAUAACGGAAUCUGGGGAAUAUUCAGGUGUAAGCAAGUUUGUGUCCAGCAUUGAAGAACGUGGAAAUCUUUUGACAUUUUUCAGAAGCCUUUCAUCUUAUGCUGAGUGGUGUGAACAUCGUAGACGUACUUUCCUGCAUUUCAAGGACAAAUACCCUGACAUUGUACAACUCCCUGAAGGACUGUUGGGAGAUUAUAUAGUUCUAAGGAACCCUAAACCUUCUGGGUUUGAAUUAAUGGUUGUUUGGAAGAUGGAUGUAGAUGAAGAUGGGAGAACGACACCUGUUCUGGACCUUCUGACUAAAGUACCAGAGCAAGUCCUGGAGCAGACAAGAGCAACUAUUGAAAAUGCACCUACCUGCUUCCGAAGCAUGCUGCUUUUGUUUGGAAUUGAGACAGCUAUUGAAAAUCUUAUCAAGGUGGUUGGCUUGAAAAAGUGAACAACAGCAUUACUUAUAACAGGUAGCAAUUUCAAAAGUAGUUUUAAUUAAGAUAUUGUGUUACACAGUCUAUAAUUUUAUUGAAUAUAAACAUUAAGUUAUUCUCCAUUUAGAAACCAUACUCAUAAAACAUGCUAUCUGUACAAUUAUGGCACGUUAUAUAUAAAUUGUCAUGACAUGAAAAUAAAUACAGCCAUUUAAAUACAAAAAUGCCAAAUAAAAUAGUUACAUGUACAGAGUGAUUUCAUUAUAAAUUUAUCUUUUUGAAUCAAUAAUGUACCAGAGUGGUUUGUCGUCUUAACAUUUUCUAGCUACCUGGAAAGUGUUAAAAGAUCACAUGCACUGUCAAGAUCAAGUCCAUAAAAAGUGGAAGUUUCAUUUCACAGCUCUGUAAAAGUACAGUGAUUUUAAAAUGACUAGAGAACAGUAAGAGACUCCUAGAAUAAAAAGUAAUGUUCUUAUUAAAUUAGGUGGAAUAGACAAAUAAUUUGAAGCUUUU